GCUGUGGGAGAAGGGAGGGACCAAAGGAGAGCAGAGAGGGCUUCCAACUCAGUUCGCCGACUAAGCAGAAGAAAGAUCAAAAAACGGAAAAGAGAAGAGCAAACAGGCAUUUUCAGGAGCAAUUCCCUCACCUCCAAGUCGACCGCGCUCUAGGAAUUCACAUUCCGUUCCUUUAGAAGACAAAGGCGCCCCAAGAGAGCGGCGGCGCGACCCCAGGGCGUGGGCCCCGCCGCGGAGCCCGCACCGCCCGGCGCCCCGACGCCGGGGACCAUGUCUCCCGCCCCUCGACCCUCCCGCAGCCUCCUGCUCCCACUGCUCACGCUUGGCACCGCGCUCGCCUCCCUCGGCUGGGCCCAAGGCAGCAACUUCAGCCCCGAAGCCUGGCUGCAGCAGUAUGGCUACCUACCUCCAGGGGACCUGCGCACCCACACACAACGCUCACCCCAGUCACUCUCAGCUGCCAUUGCCGCCAUGCAAAAGUUCUAUGGUUUACAAGUGACAGGCAAGGCUGAUUUGGCAACCAUGAUGGCCAUGAGGCGCCCUCGCUGUGGUGUUCCAGAUAAGUUUGGGACUGAGAUCAAGGCCAAUGUUCGGAGGAAGCGCUACGCCAUUCAGGGUCUCAAGUGGCAGCAUAAUGAGAUCACUUUCUGCAUCCAGAAUUACACCCCUAAGGUGGGCGAGUAUGCCACAUUCGAGGCCAUUCGGAAGGCCUUCCGAGUAUGGGAGAGUGCCACGCCACUGCGCUUCCGAGAAGUGCCCUAUGCCUACAUCCGGGAGGGACAUGAGAAGCAGGCUGACAUCAUGAUCUUGUUUGCUGAGGGUUUCCACGGUGACAGUACACCCUUUGAUGGUGAAGGAGGCUUCCUGGCUCAUGCCUACUUCCCAGGCCCCAAUAUUGGAGGGGAUACCCACUUUGAUUCUGCCGAGCCCUGGACUGUCCAAAAUGAGGAUCUAAAUGGGAAUGACAUCUUCUUGGUGGCUGUGCAUGAGUUGGGGCAUGCCCUAGGCCUGGAACAUUCCAACGAUCCCUCCGCCAUCAUGGCCCCCUUUUACCAGUGGAUGGACACAGAGAAUUUCGUGUUGCCUGAUGACGAUCGACGUGGCAUCCAGCAACUUUAUGGAAGCAAGUCAGGGUCACCCACAAAGAUGCCCCCUCAACCUAGAACUACCUCUUGGCCCUCCGUCCCAGAUAAGCCCAGAAACCCCACCUAUGGGCCCAACAUCUGUGACGGGAACUUUGACACCGUGGCCAUGCUCCGAGGAGAGAUGUUUGUCUUCAAGGAGCGAUGGUUCUGGCGGGUGAGGAAUAACCAAGUGAUGGACGGAUACCCAAUGCCCAUUGGCCAAUUCUGGAGGGGCCUGCCUGCAUCCAUCAACACGGCCUAUGAGAGGAAGGAUGGCAAAUUUGUCUUCUUCAAAGGAGAUAAGCAUUGGGUGUUUGACGAAGCCUCCCUGGAACCCGGAUACCCCAAGCACAUUAAGGAGCUGGGCCGAGGGCUGCCCACGGACAAGAUCGAUGCAGCUCUCUUCUGGAUGCCCAAUGGGAAGACCUACUUCUUCCGGGGCAAUAAGUACUACCGUUUCAAUGAGGAAUUCAGGGCAGUGGACAGCGAGUACCCUAAAAACAUCAAAGUCUGGGAAGGAAUCCCUGAAUCUCCUAGAGGGUCAUUCAUGGGCAGCGAUGAAGUCUUCACAUACUUCUACAAGGGGAACAAAUACUGGAAAUUCAACAACCAAAAGCUGAAGGUAGAGCCAGGGUACCCCAAGUCAGCUCUGCGGGACUGGAUGGGCUGCCCUUCGGGGGGCCGGCCCGAUGAGGGGACUGAGGAGGAGACGGAGGUGAUCAUCAUUGAGGUGGACGAGGAGGGCAGCGGAGCUGUGAAUGCGGCCGCCGUGGUCCUGCCUGUACUGCUGCUGCUCCUGGUACUGGCAGUGGGCCUCGCCGUCUUCUUCUUCAGACGCCAUGGGACGCCCAAGCGACUGCUUUACUGCCAGCGUUCGCUGCUGGACAAGGUCUGACCCCCACCACUGGCCCACCCGCUUCUACCACAAGGACUUUGCCUCUGAAGGCCAGUGGCUGCAGGUGGCGGCAGGUGGGCUGCUCUCACCCGUCCUGGGCUCCCUCCCUCCAGCCUCCCUUCUCAGUCCCUAAUUGUCCUCUCCCACCCUCACCCCAGCAUUGCUUCAUCCAUAAGUGGGUCCCUUGAGGGCUGAGCAGAAGAUGGUCGGCCUCUGGCCCUCAAGGGAACCUCACAGCUCGGUGUGUGUCCAGCCCUAGAUGAAUGUUGUCAAGGCUCUGCACUUGAAGGCAAGACCCUCUGACCUUACAGGCAAAGGCCAAAUGGGAUCAUCUGCUUCUUUUCCAUCCCCCUGACUACAUACCUUAAAUCUCUGAACUCUGACCUCAGGAGGCUCUGGGCAUAUGAGCCCUAUAAGUACCAAGUGUACCCAGUUGGCCGCCUCCCGCCAUUCUAACUAAAAGGAGUCUUAAGAGGUGGAAAGAUUGUUCAGUUACCCUAAAGACUUUGAUAAGAAAGAAAAAGAAAGAAAGAAAGAAAGAAAGAAAGAAAGAAAGAAAGAAAGAAAGAAAGAAAGAAA